AUGAAUUACAAUACACUCAGACCCUUGCAAAAGCUAGAUUACAUAGCAGCAUCCGGAGACGUGGGCGUCGAAAAACUUCCAAGGAUUAGGACCCUUCCACUGGGAGUGCCGCUGCAUCUGAAAGACAAACCUAAGCAUUUUAAUGGGUUUCAUAGCGGCAACAGUAUGGGAACACCGUUCCCGGAAGCACUUACCUGCAUGAUCCCCUCAUCAGUCCAAGACCCGCCCCAGGACGAAUUGCUAGAUACCCAGCAAGCUCAUGCUGGAACGGAUUUCUUUCUGCUAAGUGGCUCCCAUCAAUGA